CAUCCGUGCCCUCCCUCUCUGCAAACCCUCACCUCCCUCACCAUCAUACCACAUAACAACAACUAAACACCAUCACCCCUGCGAACUAAGAUUCGAAGAAAGAACACCCAAAACCUUAUCUUCCUUUCGCCGAUACUGUUCAUCGUCUUCUCCGUCGAGUUUCGUGAUUUUCCAACAUUGAAAAUAGCUCGGGGAAGCUUUUCCAAAUUUUCCAGCUAGCACCGCCCCUUUCGAGGAAUUUUCCGGUCAAACCAUUGCGAGUUGGCCGGCGUGCGAGGGGCAAUUAUCUGUGGCGUUUUCAUCUUUACUAGUUUGCGUGUCUCUUCGGCAGCAAAGUAUCUGUUGAACGUGGCACAAGGUGUGGGUGACCAUGGCAUGGGCAGGAUUUGAAUAUAGUCGGUGUAAACCUUUCUUUGAGGCUGUGCAAGCUGGCCGUUGGGAAACUGCAAAAGACUUUUACAUCCAACAUCCGGAGGCAGUAAGAGUAAGACAUCCAUCUUCUGGGAAGACAGCUCUUCACAUUGCAGUUGAAGCUGGGCAUGUGGAUAUUGUCAGAGAAUUGGUGUCGUUGACAGGAUUUGAUUAUAGUCGGUGUAAACCUUUCUUUGAGGCUGUGCAAGCUGGUCGUUGGGAAACUGCAAGGGACUUUCACAUCCAACAUCCGGACGCAGUAAGAGUAAGCCAUCCAUUCUCCGGGAAGACAGCUCUUCACAUUGCAGUUGAGGCUGGGCAUGUGGAUAUUGUGAAAGAAUUGGUGUCGUUGAUGGAAGAGGGCGACUUGGAAAUAAAAUCACAGGGUGAUCUGACAGCUCUUGCUAUUGCUGCAAUUAAAGGGAUUACCGAAAUGGCUCAAUGCAUGGUAACAAAGAACAAAAAAUUACUCAGCAUUCCCAAUGUUGCAAACGACACUCCACUUGUGCUAGCUUGUUUGUAUGGUCAUUGGCAUGUGGCUCGAUAUCUCUACUCCGUCACUCCACUUGAAGAUUUAAUGCCAGACAAAGGACCUCAUGGCGCUACAAUAAUCUCCAAUUGUUUUCUAUCCAAAGAAUUUGAUAUCUCAUGGGAUUUAAUUAACCGUUGCUCAAAAUUGGCCCUUACUUCGAUCGACGGAUACGCGGCCUCCUUAGAAAUUUUGGCUCGUUGGGCUUCUUCAUUCCGGAGUGGAGUGGAGCUCAAUUUCUGGCAACAACGGAUUUAUGACAGUUAG